UUUAUAGUUCUUUGGUUGAUUUACAUCACUUGCCUUGUGAUACCCUUUAUAUUUUUCUACUUACUACAGCCUCCUAAUAUCUCCACAAUGCGUUUCUUCCAGAUCGCUUCGAUUGUUGCCUAUGCGGCCUCUUCCCUCGCUGUCACUGUCACUUCCCCCCAGAACGGGGACAAGGUUGACUUCAGCAAGCCUUACACCAUCAAAUGGACCACUGUCCCCUCGGACCCCGAGCAAAUCAACAUCGUCCUCAAGAACCAAACCAGCUCCGAGAAAGACAUUGCCAAGGACGUCAAGACUUCGGACGGCAAAUACACUAUCGACAAGAUCUGGGACAUUGAGACAGGCGAUGGCUACCAGUUCAAUUUCGUAUCCAACUCGAAGAUGAAUACCGGCAUUCUGGCACAGUCGCCGAUCUUCAAUGUGACGGCUGUCGCUGACCCCCCCAAGCCAUGUAAGCAAUAUUUCAGUACUAAAAUCACCAAAACACCAUCAUGCACCCACACCAGCACCAGCACUACAAUCAAAACAAGAACCACUUCCCGUCCCUGCAUCAUCCACAGCACUCUCAGCACCUCUAAACCUUCACCAUCAUCAUCCCGUGCGCCAUGCUCUCCGUCAUCUAGCACCGUCGCCCCGUCCAACUCCGUGAACAAGGGUGACCUCUACUGCCACGAAAUCCGCCUCGAGCACCUCCGCUGCUCCGACCGAGUCGACCGGCGGCUCUGCAGCACUUACGAUCCCCGCCGCCGGCUCACUGAUGCUCAGUCUAUUCGCCCUGGUGCUGUAAUCGCAGAUUCGGAGAACAUGAACGUGUAUAAACUUGGAAUUGAUGCUAUGAGGUAGUAUUACUUCU